AUGUCAUCGAGCGCGGGCUGCUUAUCUGUGCUGUCGCCCGCCUCACAGACACCCGAGACUCGCACGAGGACAGCAACAGCCGGUCGUGGACUCGUGGGGCGCGAGGGCGAGCGCCAGGACCGCCAGGACCGCCAGGACCGCCAGGACCGCCAGGACCGCCAUGACGGCCGCGACCAGGGGCCCCAAAAUGCCUCAUUUCACCAGCUGCGAGCCUCUCGAUAG